UAACAUAACCCUGGAUUUCACUUCCAUGAGAUCCUGAACAAGACUGCGCAAAACGCACACGCAGCGCACGGGGGGGGAAGCAUCACCUUCUCCGCGGUUAACUUUUCUCCGUCUCGCCGUGGAAGCGUCGCGCGCCGCUUUCUGGAGGAUCUCACGCACAGCGGUGUCUGGGAACUAUACGCCGGUGAUCGGUAAUCGGUGAUGGGGGCAUCGGCCGCAGAACUCGGGGGGUUCUCAAGCGUUUUCCUUAAUAGCUUCGGUUCCCCCGGUGCCGUAUCGGCGUCUACCGGCUCCCAUUUCAUCUUUCCCGCGGCAGGGGCUGUGGACUAUAAUACUGCCGGUACCGGACGAUUGGGCACGCUGGGGCAGCAGCAGAGCGAGCAGCAGCGCGAGCAGCUGUUGUCGGCGGAGCGGCUGUCCCGGAGCCUCGCGGAUCUCAGCCACCUGAAGGGCAUCCUCCGGCGGCGGCAGCUCUACUGCAGAACCGGCUUCCACCUCGAGAUCCACCCCGACGGCUCCGUGCAGGGCACGAGGAAGGACCACAGCAGGUUCGGUAUCCUAGAGUUCCUGAGCGUGGCCGUGGGUCUGGUCAGCAUCAGAGGGGUCGACAGCGGGCUGUACCUCGCUAUGACCAGCAGGGGACGCCUGUACGGAUCUGAGAAGCUGUCCGCGGAGAGCGUGUUCAGGGAGCAGUUUGAGGAGAACUGGUACAACACCUACUCCUCCAACAUCUAUCGCCACGGCGACAGAGGCGCGCACUACUUCGUGGCGCUGAACAAGGACGGCUCGCCGCGGGACGGGACACGCUCCCGACGCCACCAGAGGUUCACCCACUUCCUGCCCCGGCCCGUGGACCCGGACCGGGUGCCGGAGCUGUACCCGGGCUGGCUGGGUCAGAGCUGA